AUGUCCCGUCGUGAGCGGAAGCGACGGGGUCGCUGGGAAACCUACAACUCCGAAUUUAACUCGGAAGAAGGUUUCUCGAACAAUGCAAUAGACAAGCAGGUCGACAAAGAGGUAUCGGCUCCUGUUCCAAAGGCGGCAUCGCAAAACUUGGGUGGAGAGAAUGUCGCGGUUAUAACGGACGAAUUCGGAGGAAAGGAUUAUCGAUCCGAUAUGCCUUUGAAGGCUGAUCACGCAUCUCGUCCUCUAUGGGUUGCUCCAGGAUGGUCACAUAUUUCUUGA